AGUAUUUGGUUUCAUCCUUAUCCCAUUCACUCUCUCUGCACAAAAGAUUCAUGCAUUACUUAAAAACUUCUAUUCCUUGCCUGUGAGUUCCGGAGCUGAGGAGAUGAUGCUGCUUCUCAUUUACUUAAAGGUUCUUGUGUUGAUAGUGUUGUUGGUAAAUACUUGGAAUGUUGCAGAUUGUUAUGACCCACUUGAUCCAAAUGGGAACAUCAGCAUCACAAUUGAUAUCUAUCAGUGGACUCCAGACGGUUAUCAGGCCAGGGUAACUAUACAGAACUACUACCAGUAUCGCCAUGUAGAGAAGCCAGGCUGGGCUCUUGGAUGGAGAUGGAUCAAUAAGGAGGUGAUCUGGUCAAUGACCGGUGCGAUCGCCACACACCAAGGCGACUGCUCGAACUUUACCACCCGAGUUCCCUACUGCUGCAAGGAAAAUCCAGUUCUCAUCGAUCUCACGCCUGAAGCUCCCCCAGAGACCCGCACUGCAAACUGUUGUCGCAGCGGAGUGCUCACUGCAUCAGCCAUUGACAUGCCUAACUCAUUGUCAUACUUCGAUAUGAUCAUAGGGCAUCUAGAUGGCAAGCCAAAUGUGCAGAUACCUCACAACCUCACUCUUCUGGCGCCAAGUAUUGGAUAUACAUGUAGCCCCCUGGUGGACUCGACGCCCACAACUGUCAUUGUUGAUGGUGGCCUAAGAAAAGAGCAGGCUUUCAGAACAUGGAAAUCAGCAUGCACAUAUUCUUCAUUCGUCGCAAAGAAGUCACCGGCAUGCUGUGUCUCAUUAUCAACCUUCUAUAAUACAAGGAUAACCCCGUGUCCGGCCUGCAGCUGCGACUGUGGCACCGUGGGCAAUGUCCCACCGCAAUGCACUGGCGAGGGAUCAGUGAAGCCACCGCUGGAGAGAGAUAUACAACUUAACCGAUACAUCGGGUGUACAGAUCACAUGUGCGCGGUUCGUGUUCAUUGGCAUGUGAAGUCUAACUACAAAGGACAUUGGAGAGUUAAGGUGACAGUAUCAAACUAUGAUUUUGUAAACAACCACUCCAAUUGGAACCUGGUGAUCCAGCACCCCAGUUUCAACCAGUCUCUACAAACUUUUAGCUUCAACUAUACGAAACUCCCAACAUCGGCUGGAACAGAUGAGGCAGCUUUGUUCUGGGGCCUGAAUUAUUACAACACAAUGUUAGUGCAUGCCGAUGAGAAGGAUCCAGGUUCAGUCACAACUGACGUGCUGAUGAACAAGGACUUAGAAUCGUUCACUCUGAGCAAUGGAUGGGCUUUCCCACGGAGAAUAUACUUCAACGGUGAUAACUGCCAAAUGCCGAUGCCUGAUGAAUUCCCAGCACUUCCCAAUUCAGGUCUUAGGCCAUCUAACUUCCAACACAUUCUCUUUUUGAUCAUCUUCCUUAUUUUCCAUGGUGUUUAACCCAUAGUUAUAUACUGAUUGAUAUCACCGGUGUAAAUUGUAAAAAGAUAAUUCAAGUGCAUUGGCUUCGCUUACAUGGAAUAAAAUUCGAUAAUUUUGGUCCUAUUGUAUAGAUUGGAUCAUGUAAAAAAAGGCCUUGUAACAGCAUGCAAAGCCAUU